CCAUAUAAAAUCAAAGAUAUAAAGAUAUCACGUACUAUAUUAACUGAUUUCAAGAUGGACUGAGGUUUCUUCCAGUGAAUAAUGAGACACAAUGUUAACGUCAUAUUUGUUUGUUGUUGGAUUCGGUUUGGCGGCAGCUAACCCGAUACUACAGAGAAUACCGAUACCAGGCCAGUCGUACCCAUCGCAAGCAUGUCCAACAUGUCCAACCCAAACGUGUUCGUCACAAACAUAUUCAACGGUCCGACCACCCUGCCAGACUUGUCAGAACCCCUACCGAAACGUCUAUAGUCAACCAACCAAUAACUGCCCUUGUAACAAACAAGUUACAGCCCAAAAUCCAGUAGCAAAUUUAAUAAACCAAGAUGCUUUAAGUCAACUCGUUAUGAGAAGACUUCUAAGUACACCUCAACCACAAACGCAAGUUAAUCCUGCUCCAGCAUGUACCUAUUGUGAAGCACAAAAAACUCCACCAAAUAUUAUUAAUAACUAUAUUAUAAUACCUCCUGAAUAUUUUAAAACAAAUGAAACUAAAAUAGAUAAAGAAGAAUCAGGAACAAGAAAAAGUAAAAGAAGGAGAAAACAAAGUAAACGGAGGAAUCAAGAAAAUAUCACGUGUCCUUGUGAAGAUGAAGAAAGUAAAGGUAAAAUCAUUGAAGAAAAACAAGAAUCAUCUUGUCUGUGUGACAAAGAUACUUCUAUAGUUGGCGGGGCUGAAGUAAAAAACGGUAAAAUAGACGAUGCUCCUACAUUGAAAAAAGAUAAUGAUAAAGUACUACCAGAAAGUGCUCCUAGUUCAAAAAAUACGAAAACAUCACAACAUGAUGAAGUCCCUAGGGAAACUGAACUUGCAGACAAGAAUCACUUGGACACUAAAAAGACAAGGAAAGAAAACCGAGUAAGAAAAAUGAGUCUAGAAGAUGCUAUAAUCAAAGACUUUUGUAAAAAGCAUCCAACCAUACCAGAAGAAAUUGCCAGAAGUUUACUGAAGAAAUUAAAACAUCAGAUGUACAAAAAAGAAAACCCACAUUACAGUCCAUACCCAUUCGCACCUUAUGGUUAUCAUUAUUACGACCCUGAACUGUUUUACCCAAGAAGUUAUGAUUAUCCAUGGGCAUAUACAGAUGUAGUUGAAAGUGAUAGAAGAUCUAGAAAAAGAAAGCAACAUCGUUCAGGGAGACCAAAUAGGAAACAUAAGGAAGAAGUAAAAGAAAACACAGAUAUAAGUAAUAAACAAUCUGAAAAAAUAGUGGAUAAGAAUCCAACAGUAAUUAAUAUAGAAACGGAAACAAUCACGACAGAGAAAAUUACAGCUAGUACAGAAAAAGUAAAAGAAAAUGUAGCCGUUAAUAACUCCGAAACCCAAAUGGAAAACCCUAAUGAUUUACUCGAUCAAUUGGAUCAAAUGAAAGCUAAAUUUGCUAAACUUAAUGAAAUAGAAACUACGACUGUUAGUUAUAAUAAACACAUCGAACAAUACCCAGAAUUAGGAAAAGAAGAUAAAGUACCUACUGUUUAUAAUAACGGAGUAGAUGAUUACUAUCCCGACUUUAGAGGCGAUAAUAUUCCAUUUUAUGCUAGUGAUGAAGAAUGUGAUAGCAAAGAAGACAUUUAUCAAUACAAUACUAACAUAAAUGGAGGAUUUGACUCCAAAAGGUACGUAAGCCAUAAAAAAUCUAGUAAUAACUCCCGUGAAGACGAAACAAGUACUGAAUACCCUGUUUCCGUCUCAACUGAAUCUUACGAUAGUUACGAAGAGUCAAAAGACGGAAGCGAUGAAAUACGAUUCAUAAUUCCUCCUCAUUUAGAACUACCUGACUUUGAAACUAAACAAAUUAACAAACUUCAAACUAAUGACUUUGUUGCAGAUGAUUUAAACACAUACUCUGAUGCUACAGCUAAACAAGAAAUUGAAAUUAAACCUGCUAAAGUGUUUACUAAAGACAAAUCAGGUAGGACUAAUAUAGAGACCGUGUAUGGGCAUUCUAGAGUGGUUAAAUAUGGACACGAUACAGAUUCAGCAGCUUCGGAACCUGUUAUUACAUAUUAUUUGCCAGAAGACGCGAUGACAGAAGAUCGCAUUCAAUUACCAGACGGAGAAGGGAUUAUUGUUGUUGCGAAAUCAAUUCGAGAUCUAGAAGAUUGGGAAAUAUAGAUUUCUUAAAGCUUUCAUUAAUUUUGAAUCAAUUUGAGUACGACUAUGGGUUAUGUACAACUGAUUAAUAAAAUUAUUAAAAUCUUUUAAAAUGUUUGGGUAUCAUUUGGACAAAUAAAUCCAUUUUUAAAAUGCAUGAGCUCCACAAGGGCCUACCCUAAAAAUACCCGAAUUUUAUUAUGUUCGUACAAUCGCCAUCAGAUAUAUCGGAGCGGUCGUAGUGCUAAAAAUAUCUGAACACGCACUCUAAAUCCUUGACAAUAGAGGCGUGUUCAGAUAUUUGUGAGUACCUUGGCUGUUCCGAUAUAUCUGAUGGCGACUGUACCUAUGCAUUACGACUUUGAAAGUGAGCGAGCGUACACUGAAAGAGAGCAGUGCUUAAAAAUGGUUUAUUUGUCUCUAAUUCCUUACUACUUAUAAAUACAAUAAAUUGUACAUUUUUUAUUUUUAAUAAACAAUUAUUAAAUGAUUA